UGGGCGCCGCGCACCGGUGACUGGAGUGUGGCGGCUGGUCCUCCCGAGGAUACCCCGCGGGAAGCUGCUGCGGGUUACCGCAGCUGUUUGGGAACGUUCAUUCCUGGCCAGAGUCCCAACUUACUUCCCGGAUCCAGAUCUCGUUGCUAUCUCGAGGAGGCCCCCGGAUCUUCUCCCGGAUCCUUUCCCUCCGUAACCUGCUGGUUUUCUUUUUCCUUCCUCCCCGCUCCCAUCUCCUAGCUUCGUCUCCCUCCCCUACUUCGGGCCCCCAGUAGCCUGCUAUUCUCAGCAUUCCACCUGCUGUCCGCCUGGCUGCUGUCUCUCCUUGACCUCAGCUCCUUUCACCAAUAGGGCCCUAUCAUAACUUUCUUACCAGACUCUCCUAAACUCUCUUCUCUUUGCCAGCUCCUGACUCCUAAAUUCCUUUGACCUUUUGACAUUUGACCCUGACACUGUUGACUCCCGAACUUACAUUCCUACCUCCUGCAGCUUGGAUUGCUGAAACUGAGGUCUACCCUGAUUUCUGACCCGUUUCUGAAGCUCAUUUUGACUUUCUUACUCCUGGGCCAGUUCUUGCGACUGCUACCCCACCAUGGACUUCUUGAUGAGCGGCCUGGCAGCCUGUGGAGCCUGUUUGUUCACCAACCCCCUGGAGGUGGUGAAGACCAGGAUGCAGUUGCAGGGAGAACUACAGUCCCCUGGCACCUACCAGCGACACUACCGGAACGUCUUCCAUGCCUUCAUCACGAUUGCCAAGGUAGACGGCCUGGCUGCCUUGCAGAAGGGCCUGGCCCCUGCCCUCCUAUACCAGUUCCUGAUGAAUGGCAUCCGGCUGGGCACCUACGGGCUGGCUGAGGCUGGAGGCUACCUGAACACAGCAGAAGGCACCCUCAGCCUUUCCCGCAGCGCAGCAGCUGGGGCCCUGGCUGGGGUCAUGGGAGCCUACUUGGGGAGCCCUAUCUACAUGGUGAAGACACACCUACAGGCACAAGCAGCCUCUGAAAUUGCCGUAGGGCACCAGUAUAAGCAUCGGGGCAUGUUUCAGGCUCUAACCGAGAUUGGCCAGAAACAUGGUCUUGUGGGGUUGUGGCGCGGGGCCAUGGGCGGCCUGCCCCGAGUUGUCAUCGGUUCUUCCACCCAGCUGUGCACCUUCUCAUCCACCAAGGACCUCCUGACCCAGUGGGAGAUAUUUCCUCCCCAGAGCUGGAAGGGGGCUCUGACAGCCGCCAUGGUGAGUGGCAUUGUGGUGGUCCUGGCCAUGACACCCUUUGAUGUGGUUAGCACAAGGCUCUACAACCAGCCCACAGAUGUUCAGGGCAAGGGUCUCAUGUACCGGGGGAUACUGGACGCUUUGCUGCAGACUGCUCGGACAGAGGGCAUUUUUGGCAUGUACAAGGGUAUAGGAGCCUCCUACUUCCGCCUUGGCCCCCACACCAUCCUCUCCCUCUUCUUCUGGGACCAGCUGCGCAUCCUCUACUACACAUACUCCAAAUAACGACAUCCACUCUUCCACAACCCACCAAAUCAG